AUGAAGGCCGCCACAGUAUUAUCCUUUGCUUCGACUGCUCUUGCGAGCACGAUCUAUCUAGCUGGUGACUCCACCAUGGCUAGUGGUGGGGGUGGCACUGGUACAAAUGGAUGGGGGCAAUAUGUCUCACCCUACACAACAUGGAGUAUCUCGAACCAAGCCAUAGCAGGUCGUAGCGCCCGCUCAUUCACUCGCGACGGCCGGUUCACGACCAUUGCCGACGAAGUCAAAUCGGGUGACUGGGUAAUCAUCGAAUUCGGCCACAACGACGGUGGUUCCCUCACGCCAACAGAUAACGGACGCACCGAUUGCUCUGGGACAGGCAGUGAGAUAUGUUACUCGGUCUAUGAUGGAACGAACGAGACUAUCCUCACGUUCCCUGCAUACCUGGAGAAUGCCGCAAACACGUUCACGGAACUUGGAGCGAAGGUGCUUAUCUCGAGCCAGACGCCUGAUAACCCUUGGGAGACGGGAUCGUUCGUUUAUACGCCGUCGAGGUUCGUUGGGUACGCUCAGAUAGCAGCGGAGGCAGCAGGCGUCGCUUAUGUGGAUCAUGGAGCGUAUGUUGCGAACAUCUUUGAGUCUCUUGGAUCAGACGUUGUGAACUCGUAUUACCCGCUUGAUCAUACUCAUACCAGUCCUGCGGGCGCAUUGGUGGUCGCUCAGGCAUUUUUCAAGGCUGUUGUCUGUGGAGGUGUUGCAUUGGAGAGUACUUUGAACACCACUAGUUUUCCGGGCGAAUGUCUAUAA